AUGAUUUAUCCACGAACGUUGCUCGGGCUCACUCUCUCCAGCUCUGUAGCAGCUGCACUACCCGCCAACAUUGCCAGAGUGACCAGAAAUGGCUUCACUCAUGGCAUCACGAACGAUACGGCAGCCAUUGCGAAUCAGACUUUCGAUUAUGUCAUCGCUGGCGGUGGUCUCACAGGUCUCACGGUGGCGAGCCGUCUCACCGAGGAUCCAGCCGUAUCCGUCCUGGUGAUUGAGGUUGGUUAUGAUAUGCACGAGGAUCCGCGUGUCUCUGAUGUCCGCACAUACGGAGCAGCCUUCAACACAACAGAGCUCGACCACCAGAUCCACUCGACGCCAAUCCCAUGGCAGAACAAUGCCUCCCUCCUCCUCGUCGCUGGCAAGACUCUCGGUGGGAGUGGCUCCAUCAACGGCGCUUCGUGGACCAAAGGAGCAGCUUCCCAGUAUGAUAUCCUCCCGCUUCUGACGGGCGAUGACAGUUGGGGCUGGGAUGAGUUCAACCCGUACAUGUUGAAAGCGGAGGGUUUCAACACGCCCGAGCUGGACAAGCAGGUCACGAAGGGUGCAGACUAUGAGCCUACCGCCCAUGGCUUCAAUGGAUCUGUGCAAGUCUCAUUUGGUGCUGGCAUGUAUGGUGGCACGCAAGUACCGGCGCUCGAAGCAUCCGAGAAGAUUUGGCCUGGCUUGACUCGCAACCCUGAUGCUGCCUCUGGACGGACUACUGGUGGAACCAUCAUUCCCAAUAUGGUGCACUCGGAUGAGAACCAGAAUCGCUCGAGCCCUUUCACGACGUACGCUCAACACCAGGUGGAGGAGAGGAACAACUUUGUCAUUCUGACGGGACAUCGUGUCACCGAAAUUGUCUGGGAAUCAACCUCUAGCGAUAGCAUUGGUGCGCCUCUUCGUGCUGCAGGUGUACACUUCCAGCAUUCACCCACCUCCCCGGUGCAAUACGUCCAAGCCGGACGAGAGGUUCUCCUCGCAGCCGGGAGCUUGCAAAGCCCUCAGAUCCUCGAGCUCUCUGGUGUAGGCGACCCCGAAGUUCUGAGCGCAGCCGGCAUCGAUGUCCAACUCGAACUCUCUGGUGUAGGCAAGAAUGUCCAAGAACAGACCAAAAACACCGUCCUCUAUCAACCUCGCGCAGGCAUCGACUUUGGCAACGGCACCGGUCCAUCCUCCGCCAUCGCCUUCCCUUCUGCCCACCAGCUCCUGGGCAACUCCUCGGCCCAAUCCUGGUUCUUCGACGCCAUCUCCACCGUCAACUCCUUCUCCACCCUCCUCACCGAACAAUCCCUCGUCUCCUCUAACCUCUCCUCCACCGAACUCAUCCUGCUCGCCCAAAUCCAAAACCUCUUCACCACCACCGACUCCGCCGCCGCCGAAGCCUUCUUCACCGUCAACUCCGACUACACCCAAGUCGGCAUCGACAACUGGAACCUCAUCGUCCUCUCCCGCGGCACCGCACACAUCCACUCUUCUGACCCAUGGACCCACCCGGUCGUGAACCCCCACUACUUCCUCCACCCUCUCGACCUCGCCUUCCAAAUCGCCAUCAACAAGGCCUCUCGCGCCGUCUUCGAAACAGCGCCGCUGAGCGACUACGUCGAAAGUGAAAUCACGCCGGGCUACGACGUUGUGCCUCGCGGCGCGGACGACUCCGUCUGGGAGGCGUGGAUCAAGAGUUCGUUCACGAGUGUGUGGCAUUAUGUGGCGAGUUGCGCGAUGAUGAAGCGGGAAUUGGGCGGUGUGGUGAGUUCGAGAUUGCAGGUCUAUGGUACGCAGAAUGUGAGAGUGGUGGAUGCGAGUGUGGUGCCGAUUCAGUUGAGUGCGCAUUUGAGUAGUUCGUUGUAUGGAGUUGCCGAGAAGGCGGCGGAUAUGAUUCGGGAGGAUUGGGAGGAGGGGAAAUAG